AUGGAAACCUUCCUUUUCACCUCAGAAUCUGUAAACGAGGGUCAUCCUGACAAGAUCUGUGAUCAAGUUUCUGAUGCCAUCCUCGAUGCUUGCCUGGAGCAAGACCCAGAGAGCAAGGUUGCCUGUGAAACCUGUACAAAAACCAACAUGGUCAUGGUCUUUGGUGAGAUCACAACAAAGGCCAAGGUGAACUACGAGAAAAUAGUUCGCGAUACUUGUCGAGGCAUUGGAUUUGUAUCUGCUGAUGUUGGUUUGGAUGCUGACAAAUGCAACGUUCUUGUGAACAUUGAGCAACAGAGCCCUGACAUUGCCCAAGGAGUUCACGGUCACUUGACCAAAAAGCCUGAGGAAAUUGGAGCUGGUGACCAAGGCCACAUGUUUGGCUAUGCCACAGACGAAACAACUGAACUAAUGCCACUCACUCAUGUUCUUGCUACAAAACUUGGUGCCAAGCUCACUGAAGUAAGAAAGAAUAAAACAUGUGCAUGGUUGAGGCCUGAUGGUAAAACCCAAGUGACUGUUGAGUAUAGGAAUGAUGGUGGGGCCAUGGUCCCUAUCCGUGUCCACACUGUCCUCAUCUCAACCCAACACGAUGAAACUGUCACAAAUGAGCAAAUUGCUAAGGAUUUGAAAGAGCAUGUGAUAAAGCCUGUUAUCCCAGCUGAAUACCUGGAUGACAAGACCAUCUUCCACCUCAACCCUUCAGGAAGGUUUGUGAUUGGAGGACCCCACGGAGAUGCAGGACUCACUGGGAGGAAGAUCAUCAUUGAUACCUAUGGUGGAUGGGGUGCUCAUGGUGGAGGUGCCUUCUCAGGAAAGGAUCCAACCAAGGUCGAUAGGAGUGGUGCCUACAUUGUUAGGCAAGCUGCAAAGAGUGUGGUUGCGUCAGGGCUUGCACGUCGAUGCAUUGUGCAAGUUUCCUAUGCAAUUGGAGUGCCUGAGCCAUUAUCUGUGUUUGUCGAUACCUACAAAACAGGGAAGAUUCCUGAGCGCGACAUUUUGGCUUUAAUUAAGGAGCAUUUUGAUUUCAGGCCUGGAAUGAUUGCCAUCAAUCUUGACCUCAAGAGAGGAGGCAACUUCAGGUACCAGAAGACGGCUGCUUAUGGGCAUUUUGGACGAGAUGAUCCUGAUUUCACAUGGGAGACCGUGAAGAUGCUCAAGCACAGUGCCUAA